CCAAUCAGUGGCUUCCGCUCGCCGACUGAGCGUGAGCACUAAGCUAACAACAACAUAGCAGUACUGUUAGGCCUUGUUGUUGUGUCCAUUUAAUUCACGUCUAAAUUUGUCAUACCAAAAACACGGCUCGGUGUGAUAUUUGACUUUUCAAUAAGCCUGUAAGAAAGUGGCAGUUUCUGCAUCCAGUCUCCUUCCAAGCUAACGUCGGAUAUAACAGUUAGAGUGGUUUCCAAGCAAGGCCUGUAACGGUAACUUGGCAAUAAGCGAAAGUCAGGUAACCUCUUCGCGAAAAAAGGCCCACUGACCCAACGGCAACAUUAAAUAAUUUCUUCACCCAACAUAGAGAGUGUGUAUACUCAAAAUGAGAGGCUCGUACGGAGACAGAGAUAGAGACCGCGGCCGUGACAGAGGCAGCCCUCGUUUCGGGUCCAGCAGAGGAGGCCCACCCCCCGGUAAGAAGUUCGGGAACCCCGGGGACCGUUUACGAAAGAAGAGAUGGGACCUGGAAGAACUUCCCAAAUUUGAGAAGAACUUUUAUAGUGAACACCUGGAAGUGCAGCGCAUGAGCCAGUAUGAACUUGAGGAGUAUCGCAGGAAGAAAGAAAUAACAAUUCGCGGUUCAGGCUGCCCAAAGCCUGUCAUCAACUUCCAUCAGGCACAGUUUCCUCAAUAUGUAAUGGAUGUCCUGAUGCAACAGAACUUCAAGGAGCCCACAGCCAUUCAGGCACAAGGUUUCCCUCUGGCCCUCAGCGGGAGAGACAUGGUGGGCAUCGCUCAGACUGGCUCUGGGAAGACUCUAUCGUAUCUCCUGCCUGCCAUUGUACACAUUAACCAUCAGCCCUACUUGGAGCGUGGAGAUGGACCCAUUUGCCUGGUUCUGGCCCCCACAAGAGAACUGGCGCAGCAGGUCCAGCAGGUGGCAUAUGACUAUGGAAAGUCAUCCCGCAUCAAAAGCACUUGUGUGUAUGGGGGAGCUCCCAAAGGACCCCAAAUCCGAGAUCUGGAGAGAGGUGUUGAGAUCUGCAUUGCCACUCCUGGUCGCCUGAUUGACUUCCUUGAGGCAGGAAAGACCAACCUGCGGCGCUGCACAUACUUAGUUCUAGAUGAAGCUGACCGCAUGCUGGAUAUGGGAUUUGAACCACAGAUUCGCAAAAUUGUGGACCAGAUCAGGCCGGACAGACAGACCCUGAUGUGGAGUGCUACCUGGCCUAAAGAGGUUCGCCAGCUGGCAGAGGAUUUUCUGAAGGACUAUGUCCAGAUCAAUGUUGGAGCCCUGGAACUCAGCGCCAACCACAACAUCCUUCAGAUAGUUGAUGUCUGUAUGGAGAGUGAGAAAGACCACAAGUUGAUCCAGCUGAUGGAGGAAAUUAUGGCAGAGAAAGAGAACAAGACCAUCAUCUUUGUGGAGACCAAGAAACGGUGUGAUGACCUCACACGCAGGAUGAGACGUGAUGGGUGGCCAGCGAUGUGUAUUCAUGGUGACAAGAGCCAACCAGAGAGAGACUGGGUGUUGUCAGAGUUCCGCAGUGGCAAAGCUCCGAUCCUCAUCGCUACUGACGUGGCCUCGCGUGGUUUGGAUGUGGAGGAUGUCAAGUUUGUCAUCAAUUAUGACUACCCCAACUCAUCAGAGGACUACAUCCAUCGCAUCGGCCGUACGGCCCGCAGCACCAACAAAGGCACUGCAUACACUUUCUUCACUCCGGGGAACCUCCGCCAGGCCCGUGAGCUGAUCCGGGUGCUGGAGGAGGCCCGACAGGCCAUCAAUCCCAAACUGCUGCAGCUGGUUGACACCGGACGUGGUGGAGGUGGCCGUCCCCGUUUCCGCGGCGGCUCUAAUUCUAACAAUCCCAACCUAAUGUACCAGGACGAGUGUGAUCGUCGAAUGCGUUCUGUGGGUGGGGGCAGCAGCACCAAGGACAGCCGCGGCAGCAGCAGCUACAGCCGUGACAGCCGAGAUAGCCGUGGAGGAAGCACCCGGGAUGGGGACCGCCCCUCCUCCUCCUCUUCCUCCUCUUACAGAGAACGCAGCAGCAGGGACGGAGGACGCAGCUACAACUCCAGCUCCAACUCAUACAACCAGUACCAGAAUAACAGCAGCAGCAGCCAGUACAGCAGCUCCAGGGGUGGCUCUGGGUCAGGGGGUGGUGGAGUGGGCCAGGCCCCACCUUCUUCAUCAGGCCCCCAGCCUCUAAUGGCCCAGCAGUUCAACCCUCCCCAGCCCAUGAUGGGCCUGAUGGGGCACUCGCCAUUUCAGUUUGCUCCUCCACCGCCACCUGCUCCCUCUGGUAGAAAGUAAUGGGAUCUGUGCACCACAGUCACACACAGCACAAUGUACACUGCACCCAUUCUCAGAUUUGCUUUAGUCUCAAAAGCCGUCAGAAAUGUUGUGAUUGCAACAAUUUCGUCCUUGGAAGUUGACCACUGUAACAUCAACAUUCCAAUUAUGAACUUGGUUUCAAGACACCAGUGCACAGUGCUUUAAAAUUCCAAAUUUCUUCCAACAUCAGCACAGUUUUGAAACAUUUAGACUGGUUCCCAGUUUGUUUCUAAAGUGGUCAACUGUUUUGACUUUCCUUUAAAGUCAAAUUAAUCAGCAGUAAUUAUUUAGUUUGACAAAAGCUUGUCUGUUUCAUUUGACUUAGUUUGUCAAGAAUGUAUUGAAAAAAAAAUCUUUGAGCAAAUGUGCUGUUUUUGUGUUGUGAGAUCUGUGAUUUUUCUCUUAAGGUGUAUCAAGGUAGGUGCUGACGAUACUUCUUGUUAAUAAGCUAAGUUUCUUUUUUUAGGUUCAAUAUCUUUAUUUUUGUGUUUGAAACUUUGUAAGCUACAAGAUCAAUUUUAAUUGAUUUAAAGAAAAACAUGCGAGAUCCAUAUGUAUUUUGAGCAAAAUUAGGCUUAAAAAUGUUUUGGGGUUUUUUUGUUUUUUUUUGAUAAUGGGAUUUUCUUCCUUCUUUUGAACUUCAUCUUGACACCCAUUUCAGAACAGUCUUUAUUUCAUUACAUUGAUAUUAAUUUAGGCCUCUGAGAGGCAGCUCUAUGGGUCUUUUGUGUAGCCAUGGCACCGGUUAGAGUCAUGCAUGUAAACAAGCUUUUCUUUCACAUUUACAAGUUUGUGUUUACUGACAAAUCUCCCGAGAGCCAUGAUAGUUUACCUUAUUCAAUUAAUCACCAGUGUGGUCAAGUCUUUGCAACAGUGACGAUUGAGCGUUUCCUAGUUAAUGAGAAGUCCCUUUUUAGUUUGUUUUUCAUGUUUAAUAAAGCUCCUCAAUGUA